AAGUGUGACGAAUCUCAAAGCCCCUACUUCUGAAAGGGACUCCUGAAGGUUAUAGCUUUGACAACGGGGUGAGGUUCGGUGAAGCCAAAGGGUUCACAACAAGCAAUGUCCAAGGGUACUGACAAUCUUGCACUUGAGUUGCUUACUGGAGAACUCCCAGAGUCCUCCAGAACGAGUGACUAUAUACUAGAUGCAUUUGGUUAUAUUGUUGGAAAGCCAACAGCCACGAAUGUGCCGCACCGUAGUAAUUGGGUACCGAAAAGAUGGGCAACCACUCAAUUGUUGAUGAUGUUCCUGUCUGUGUUCCUCCAGAAGUUCCCUGCCUGUUCCUGAUCCUGAGAAUCCUGGUGCCAAGCCAUUGGUCACCCCUGAACUGCCCUCUCUGACCACCUGCCAAAUCCAACAAUAAUUCUAGGG